AUGCUCUUUAUUUUUCCAGUCUCUGAAACCAAGAAAUGCAAUGAGACAACCAAGAGAACAAUUUUGGAUGCUGGGAACAACAUAAUGGAAAUUGAAUGCAGCCACGCAUUCAAAGAAAUCACAGCAAAUCAGAGCGCUAUUUCGUUGAUAGCCAUGCAAAAUUUGGGGAAUGUUCUCAACGCUUCCUUUUUCAAUGACCGGAAACAAUUUCGGGAAGUACAACUGAACUCUGAUAUCGUGAGUGGCACCAUUGGCUCGAAGAACAAAACGUAUCUAACCAAACCUGUGGUCCUGACCUUGAAACAUACGCAGCCCGUGGAAGUGAGAGCGAGACCAUUGUGUGUCUCCUGGGACGAAUCCAAGGACGGAGGCGGUUGGUCAACAGCGGGCUGCUCUCCUCGGAGUGGCAAUAAUUCUUUCACCAAAUGCCAAUGCUUCCAUCUGACUAGCUUCGCCAUCCUCAUGGCUCUUGAGCCCAAGGCAGACCUGGCGCUGGGUGUGAUCACCUGUGUGGGACUGAGCCUCUCUCUGCUGUGCCUCUUCCUGGCAGCCCUCACCUUCCUCCUGUGCAAACCCAUCCAGAACACCAGCACCUCCAUCCACCUGCAGCUCUCACUCUGCCCAUUCCUGGCCCACCUGCUCUUCCUCAUGGGGAUGGACAAAACUGAGCCUCGGGUGCUGUGCUCCGUGAUCGCUGGGGCAAUGCACUACCUCUACCUGGCCUCCUUCACCUGGAUGUUCCUGGAAGGGCUGCACCUCUUCCUCACCAUCAGGAACCUCAAAGUGGCCAACUACACCAGUGCGAGCAGAUUCAACAAGAAGUUCAUGUACUCUUUUGGAUAUGGGAUCCCAGCUGUCAUUGCAGCUGUAUCUGCAGGCGCCGGGCACAGAAAUUAUGGAACAUCUAAGCAUUGCUGGCUGAAUCUUAAGAAAGGCUUUAUCUGGAGCUUCAUGGGACCAGUGGCUAUCAUUAUCUUGGUAGACCUGGUGACCUAUCGGUCUGUCCUUUUAGCAGUCCGUGGUCCUCUCAGUAGUCUUCACCAUGCUGGAUAAACGGUGAUUAUUGUUACUCUUUCUAUCCCCAGAACCAUGACAUUUAAAGCCGUUGCUCAGCUAUUUAUCCUGGGCUGUUCCUGGGGUCUUGGUUUUCUUAUGGUGGAAGGAGUAGGGAAGACGGCGGGAUUAGUUAUCGCCUACAUGUUCACCAUCAUCAAUGUCCUGCAGGGGGUUUUCAUCUUUGUGGUGCACUGCCUCCUCAAUCGCCAGGUGCGAAUGGAAUACAAGAGGUGGUUUAAAAGGAUGUGGAAAGGGGUUGAAAUGGAAAGCACUGAGCUCUCUCAAUCUACCACCCACACCAAGAUGGAGGAACGAGAAGUUAGCAAAGUUUGUACCUAAAGGAGACACACGAUCCCUGUCUGUCCAACCAGAGCCACCAACUCACCUUGCCCUGCGCUUUGGAAAAGGACCAGAAAUGAUCUGCAGGAACAUCGAUGGCGCCCCCUUGUGGUCACACAUGGAUAGAACAUAUGCCACCCUGUGCACAUUCCCUACUAAAACCCUUCUUGGCCUUUCUCUCACUACAAAGAAUGGGACACGUGGAGAAUUCUCAGAAUCAGCAUCCAGUAGUGGGUCACAAGUCAUUAAAUGCUCAAGAGAUGCUUUCCACUUAAUUUUUUCAGUACCUUUUUUAAAAAGUGAUC